AUGGCGCCGAUGGAGGUUGAGACGGUGGCGACAGUCGGUGCGCGCAAGUGGUCGCCCGGCUCGUGGCGCAGCUGCGAGACGCUGCAGAUGGCCACGUACGAGGACAGCCAGGACUCGUACGCGGCGACGAUGGACAAGCUCUCCAAGGUUCCGCCGCUCGUGCAGCCCGGCGAGGUGGAUGCGCUGCGGGAGCAGCUCGCGGCGGCCGCUCGCGGCGAGAAGUUCAUCGUGCAGGGCGGCGACUGCGCCGAGCGUUUCAUGGACUGCACCGCCGACUACCUCGAGGCCCAGCUCAAGCUGAUCGUGCAGAUGGGCGCGCUGAUGGAGAGCGCGACCGGCAUGCCGACGGUGAGGGUGGCGCGGAUGGCGGGGCAGUACGGGAAGCCGCGCUCGUCGCCGGUGGAGAAGCACGCCUCCUUCGGCGAGAUCAAGUACUGGCACUCGUGCGCCACGCUCAACACGAUGCGCGGGCUGCAGAUGGCGGACGAUUUCGGCGCUUCGACGGUGGGCGACCUCGACGUCGACUUCCUCAAGCCGUCGCCGCACUACGCCGCGUGGAGCAAGGCGGCGGACAAGGCGAAGGCGGCCGCGGCGGCCACCAAGCCUGGCGCUAUGCAGCUCGACCUCGAGGAGGCGCUGACGCGGCCGGUCGCAGGCGAGGGGCAGCAGAUGCCACAGCCAAGGGGGAGACGCAAGGGGCACUACAACCUGUCGGCGCACAUGGUCUGGAUCGGCGACCGCACGCGCCAGCUGCUCGGCGGGCGCGCGGAGUACUUUCGCGGCAUCCGCAACCCGAUCGUCAGGCAAGUCGAUGAGCUGUGUUUUGAGCGCGGGGAGCUGAAGGAGCUGUGCGCCAUCCUCAACCCAGACAAGGUGGAGGGGCGGCUGGUGCUCAUCACCCGCUACGGCGCCGAGAAGGUCGCCGCGCUGCUUCCCGCCCACAUCAAGGCGGUGCAGGAGAGCGGCGUGCCGGUCGUCUGGCAGUGCGACGGCGUGCACGGCAACACGGUCACAGCGUCGUGCAAGCUCAAGACGCGCAAGUUCGACGACGUGAUGGCCGAGGUGUCGCGCGCGCUACAGGUGCACCGCGAGAGCGGCUCGACGCUCGCGGGAGUCCAUCUGGAGAUGACGGGCCAAGCCGCGGUGACCGAAUGCACGGGCGGCGUCGUCAACAUCGAGGAGGACAUGCUCACCCGGCAGUACGACACGUACUGCGACCCGCGCCUCAACUACGCGCAGUCCAUCGAGGCGUCGCUCGUCAUCGCGAACGCCCUCGGUGCGCGCUGAGCGGUGCGCGCUGCAGCGCGCCGCAGCCGAGAGCCUGCAGCUGUGUCCGCAGCGAGCUUGCGCGGAGAGGGUGCAAGGCUGUUCGGCAGUACCCCAUCCAUGAUUUACUGACGCGGCGGGAUCGAGACAUCUCAGCGUAGGCCGUGCAUCGGUAACCUUACGGCUUUGCCGGACGUCUUUUUUUUGUGUUUGAACUAUAUCGAUAUAAAAUGCCUCA